UAAACAAUUGUAAAAGUUUCAAUAUUUUCAUGUUCACCCUUUGACCUUGUUAAAUGGGACUUAUUUAACACAAAAAAGAACCCUUUUAACAGACUUUCGAAUUAAUUUACUUCAGAUCAAACUGUGUAACGCCUAAUAAUACAAAUACUGGUGCGUUUUGUUCAUAAAGUUUGUUAUAUUGCGGAGGAAUGACUGAUUUAAAAAAACGGAUUUCACUUCAUCCAUCACUAAGAAUUUGGUGAGUUCAAUUUUUGAGCUUUUGAAAACUAUCUCCGAUUCUUUCGGAAGCCCGGGGACUGGUAUAAUUGAAGCGGGUUAUUUUGGUCAUCAACUAACGAGCUUCACAAACCAGUAAUAUUUGUUAAUCAAUUUAAAGGAUUUUGCUUCUCUUUACAUGGUCAGUUAUGAUCAAAUACUCUUGAAACUGACAUUUUUACGCUUAUAAACAUGUAAUUUCGGAGUCGGAAGUUCAAUCCAAUUUUGAAAAUUUUAUAUGGAAUCGCAAGAACUAAACAAGCUACAGCUAAUUGUAAAAGUUUAAAUAUUUUCAUGUUCACCUUUUUACCUUAUUAAAUGGGACCCUUUAUCAGACUUUCGAAUUAAUUUACUUCAGAUUAAACUGUGUAACGCCUAAUAAUACAAAUACUGGUGCGUUUUGUUCAUAAAGUUUGUUAUAUUGCGGAGGAAUGACUGAUUUAAAAAACGAAUUUCAUUUUAUUCAGUUUCCAUCAAGAACAUGAGAACUAGGAAGUUAGUCAUCCGAAACUGCUUUAAAUCAUAAAUGAUUGUCAGAAAAAUGCAUUAAAAACAGCAUAUGAAGAAAGUGAAAAACACAUCGGAAGUGACCAACAGAAAUAAAAUCCAGCGUAGGUGAUAAGUGAAUCAAACUAGAACGAAAAAUGGAUAACUCACGUAAACCGGAAAAGAAGAAUCCUCGGAAGGGAGCCUUUUGUGUGUCACAGCUGUUGUUCACCUGGCUGCUACCACUGUUUUACCGGGGCUGUCAACGAGGACUGAACAAAGAUGAUCUUACUAAGUGCCUAAAGGAAGAUAAAUCGGAAGAUCUUGGUGACCUCUUGGAAGAACAUUGGCAUAAGGAAAUCUUACGAUCCAGGAAGGAGAAUCGGCCUCCCCGGUUACGAAACGCCCUGUUCUAUGCCUUCUACAAGCAAUGCAUAUUCGACGGAUUCCUAAUAUUUAUGUUCGUUCUGAUCAAAUCUAUCUUGCCAGUAGUCUUAGCCCAACUGUUGAUAAAAUUCCAAAUGCCUACCAACUCCACUGACGCCGGAGGAUUGAUCAACAGUACAACCGUUCCACCUCAAAUUACGGACGUUUUUCUUGCUACAACACUGCAUUUCCUUCACGAUCUGGACCAAAAUGGAACCGAGCUGGAACGCGCCAGGCGAAGCAUCGACAACAGCAAACACAAUUCGAACCCGAACCAUUUCAAUAGUGAUGAUUACCGCGAUGAUGAUUACAGCAACAGUCGAGAUGAUGGGUACGUUGACCUUGCCGACGAGGAAGGACCGACCCGAGUUCGCUCGUUAUCAAGUGCAGCCGACAUUAUCGAUUACGCCUGGAACGACGUGUACGGCCUGUCGACGGUCUUGGUGAUACUGACCUUGCUGGGAUGUUUCUGCAGUCACCAUUCGGAUCUGCGUCAGCGGCUGCUUGGGGCACGAAUGCGGAUCGCAUGCUGUUCGGUAAUCUACCGUAAGACACUACGGAUAUCCAAGAAGGCAGCCGGUCAAACACCGGCCGGAUAUCUGAUCAACCUGCUGUCGAACGACGUUAGUCGAUUGGAUUAUGGGUUCAUAUUUUUGCACUAUGUUUGGGUGCUGCCAUUUCAGGCAAUUUUUACCUGUUACCUAAUUUGGCGCAGUGUCCAGUGGGCGGCUGUGGUAGGCGUCGUUGGAUUAUUGAUUAAAACCAUCCCAGUUCAGACUGGACUCGGUCGGUUGCAAUCCGUGCUUCGACUAAGAGUUGCCCAACGAACUGAUCAACGGGUCGGCAUAAUGAAUGAGUUGAUCCAGGGAAUACAGGUGAUCAAAAUGUACGCCUGGGAAAAACCUUUCCACACAGUGGUUUCGUUAGCACGGAAAAAGGAAGUCCAACAAAUUCGGUGGGCUUCGUACAUUCGAGGUAUAUAUCUGGGUACGAUGAUGUUUACGGAGCGAUCAACGUUGUUCCUUGCGAUCGCUACCUGUUACUUCGAAGGCCGUCAUAUCACUGCUGAUAUUGUGUUUCCGAUGGCGCAGUUUUUCAACAUUUUACAGCUAACUGCCGCUAUUUUCUAUCCAUUGGCGAUUUCACUCGGAGCCGAAGCUUUGGUAUCGAUCGACAGAAUUCAAGAAUUUCUCGGAAUGGAUGAACAAAGUACAAAUAUAGCUGGAUUGCAUAAAAACGAACCCGACGGUAUUGUAAAGGGUCCUUCUAAUACCGUUGAAUUGAGAAAUAUCUCCGCUACUUGGGAAAAUGAGAAGGAGAAAACUCUACAUGAAGUGUCAUUAAAAGCUGAAGCGGGAAAACUGUUGGCUGUGGUUGGUCCAGUUGGUGCGGGGAAGAGUUCCCUAUUUCAGUUGCUGUUAGGCGAGUUACCGAUUUUGAAGGGCGAAGCAAUCAUCAACGGCGACAUUUCCUAUGGAUCACAGGAGCCUUGGUUAUUUACCGGAACCGUUCGGAAUAACAUUUUGUUCGGUUUACCGUACGAUCGCAAGCGGUACCAGGAAGUGGUAGAGCAUUGUGCUCUCGUUACGGACUUCGAACAACUUCAGGAUGGCGAUAAAACGGUAGUCGGUGAACGGGGUACUUCGCUUUCCGGUGGGCAGCGAGCAAGAGUGAACCUGGCACGGGCCGUUUACAAGAACGCCUCUAUUUACCUGUUGGAUGAUCCUCUCAGUGCCGUGGACGCUCACGUCGGACGGCAACUGUUCGAUGAGGUAAUGGGACCGAAAGGCUACUUAGCAAAGCAACAGGCCACGCGGAUUCUGGUUACCCAUCAGGUGCACUUCUUGAAGGACGCCGAUUGGAUUGUAAUUCUUGAGAAUGGAAAAAUUCUUAUGCAAGGAACUUACGAAGAACUGUCGCAAAGUAAUUUAGAUUUCGGUAAACUGUUAGGAUCAAGUGAACAAAAGAAGGAUGCCAUAGAAGAGGACGAAACAGAAGAUUUGACCGAUGAAGAUAUUCCUUUCAUUGAUGGUGCAAAGUCUGACACCUUGAAGUUGAAAAAUUCUAUUUCCGUUCCGGGACUGAAUGCUCUAUCAUGUGCGGUGAGUGCUCUGAAUCUAUUUUGUGUUUUUACUUUCUAUAUAAACUUUCUUUGUCUACAGUCCAGUGUAAGUGAAAACUUGGGACGAACCACAUCUGAAGAUCAAGCGGAAGGUAACAUACCGAUGAAAGUUUGGACCACUUACUUUCUAGCUGGAGGCAAUAUCGUUUUGGUGUUGUUUACCUUCAUUACACUAGUUUUCACUCAAGUCGUUGUGAGUGGUUCGGAUUACUUUGUCACUUACUGGACACGUCAGGAAGAACGGCGCCUACGAGAUAUUCCUCAGGAAUACUCUACCGGGGACUAUCUCUCCAUGUACGGAGUAUUAAUCAUUGCCAUCGUUUUCUUCACGAUCUUUCGUGGUUAUUUGUUCUUCAACAUCUGCAUGAAGGCCUCCAGAACACUUCACGAUAGAAUGUUUGCCAAAAUACUCGCUGCUCCGAUGCGGUUUUUCGAUACCAAUCCAUCAGGUCGAAUUCUCAACCGAUUUUCGAAAGAUAUGGGAGCUAUCGACGAACUACUACCGAAAUCCAUUAUGGAUGCCGUUCAAGUGCUGCUAGUCAUGACGGGUAUCUUAGUAGUCAUUGCCAUCGUGAAUCCAAUUCUCUUACUUGCACUGCUGGCAGCUGUCAUCCUGUUUAUGGGUGCACUAAAACUAUACCUUCGACCGGCACAGGAUCUAAAACGUCUCGAAGGGAUAACUCGCAGUCCAGUUUUCUCACAUCUGUCAGCAACUCUUAGCGGGCUUUCAACAGUUCGUGUCAACGGGGCUCAGCAGAAAAUUACUCAGGAAUUCGAUGCCCUCCAAAAUGUACACUCGGCCGUAUGGCACCUAACAAUGUCUAGCAACGCUGCCCUAGGUCUCUGGUUAGAUUGCAUUAGCACUGCCUUCGUUGCAUGUGUAACAUUUAGCUUUAUAAUGCUCCAUGAAGACACCUACAGUGCCAACGUCGGUCUUGCUAUUUCGCAAGCGAUGAUCCUAACCGGAAUGGUUCAGUACGGAAUACGUCAAACGGCCGAGUCCAUGCAGCUGAUGACGGCGGUUGAAAGAGUAAUGCAGUAUACGGAAAUCGAAACCGAACGUAAUCCACCAAAAAGUCCACCCGAUGAUUGGCCUUGGCGAGGGCAACUGGAAUUUCGACACAUGUAUCUUCGAUACGAUCCGGACAGUGUUCCGGUACUGAAAGAUCUUAAUCUAAAAAUAGCUCCCACCUGGAAGAUUGGUAUUGUUGGACGUACUGGAGCGGGUAAAUCUUCCCUAAUUGGAGCACUGUUUCGACUUGCUCCAAUCGACGGAAAGAUAUUGGUAGAUGGAAUUGAUACGGGUGUCGUAUCCUUGGAGUCACUACGAUCGAAGAUUUCCAUCAUACCCCAGGAUCCGGUUCUAUUCAGUGCCACGAUUAGGUACAAUCUUGAUCCGUUUAAUCUCUACGAUGAUGACAGCUUAUGGAAAGCAAUUAAUGAGGUUGAGCUUCGCAGUGCCGUAAGCGGUUUGGAUUAUAUGGUCACCGAGAGUGGAACAAACUUCAGCGUUGGUCAACGUCAACUGAUCUGCCUUGCGAGAGCUAUCUUAAGAAAUAAUAAGAUUCUGGUACUUGAUGAAGCUACGGCCAACGUAGAUCCACAAACUGACGCACUGAUUCAACGAACAAUCAGAGAAAAAUUCGAACAUUGCACGGUUCUAACAGUUGCCCAUCGCCUGCAUACCGUUAUGGAUUCCGAUCGAAUAUUGGUGAUGGACGCCGGAGAAGCACGUGAAUUCGAUGUACCUCAUUUACUUCUGCAGCAAGAGGGAAGUAUCCUGAGGGACAUGGUGGAAGCAACGGGGCAAUCUGAGUCAGAAUCUCUCAAGCGGGUAGCUGCGGAAACAUUCGCCCGGAUGGAUCCAAGUCGACACCUUCUCAGCGGUCUACCAAAUCCAUGGAAUUUCAACAAGAACGGCCAAUAGUACUUAGCUUGGAAGGAGGCUAUACGGUCCAAAGUAUACCGGAGAAUCUUGGUCACGUAGUGAAUCGCGGUACAACCGGAUACCAUCAAUUUUUGUGAUGGGACCAAACCAGAGCGAUGCCUACUAUAGUAUAUAGUUUGAUUGAUCGUCAGAAUGAUAUAGAUAUAGAGUUUUUGUCGUUUUAUAGCUUAAGUACAAAAUAACAGGGACUAACCUGAGCUUGAAAAUAAAAAUUAUUUACAUUUAUAA